GGAGAAGAACGAAACAGUACUACGGUACUACCCCGCGUCCAUUCUUCCCGUGGACGGAAAGACUUCUGAAACGGCACCGUUUUGAGGACUGGAGGUUUCUGUGAAGGGUGGGUUCCUGCAGCGGCCACGUGCUUGUCUUGCUCACUCUUCGUCGUCCUCAGCUGGCUCUCUCCGCCACGCCGCCUGGUGGCCUCCUCUGCUUCGGACUUUCCGCAGUUUCUUCGUUUUGUAGAUUGCUAAGCUGAUACGCGCAGUGGUAAUUCCUGAAUUCUCUGUUGUUUAACUGGAUUUUGUUUUGGGGAUUAGAUUCUAGGAUGAUGGAUUCGGAGAACCAGGGCUUUGAAGAAGCCCGAUUGUAUUCCUCUCAUGAGGAGGUGCAAAAUUUGGAUUUCAAGGAGAAGUUAAGCGCCAAAUCUUUUUCUAAUUAUCGCAGUGCCAUGUCCUCGCUCUCUGAUGCCCACCAUCCACUGUCCUCGCCGGCUGUUCUUACACCGGCUGACUCAGAUCCCCUGCGUCUGCCGCCGAUGGACCGAGAUCUCCAAAAACCUUAUGUGUCUGAUCAUUUUUUCUCCGACCCGCUUCACUUUUCUGAUGUGGAUUUUGGCCCGUUCGAUGGGAAUAAUGUCCGUGAUCUUAAUGGUGUUGAAAGCCCUAGCAAGAGUUCGGAAAGUUCUGGGAGUUUGUCCAGAUCUUCGUCUUCCAACUCCGAGUAUAUAAAAAUUUCAGUCUCGAAUCCCCAGAAGGAGCAAGAGGUUUCGAACUCGCUAGUGCCCGGUGGGAGUUCGUACGUCACGUAUCUGAUCACGACGAGGACUAACAUAGCGGAGUUUGGAGGGUCAGAAUUUAGCGUUCGAAGGAGGUUUAAGGAUGUGGUGACGCUAUCAGAGCGUUUGGCCGAGUCUUAUAGAGGGUUCUUUAUACCCCCACGGCCGGAUAAGAGUGUGGUGGAGGGCCAAGUGAUGCAGAAACAAGAGUUUGUGGAGCAGAGAAGGGUGGCACUGGAGAAAUACUUGAGGAAGCUAGCAGGACAUCCAGUGAUCAGAAUGAGCGAUGAGUUUAAGGUGUUUUUGCAAGUUCAAGGGAGAUUACCACUGCCAACAACCACCGAUGUUGCAUCUAGGAUGAUUGAUGGGGCAGUAAAUCUCCCUAAGCAGUUGCUCAGUGAGAGUGCAAUGGCGCCUCAGGAGGUGGUUCAGCCAGCGAAAGGUGGAAGGGAUUUGUUAAGAUUGUUUAAGGAAUUGAAGCAAUCUGUGACAAAUGACUGGGGCAGUUUGAAGCCUCCAAUCGUCGAGGAGGAUAAGGAAUUCUUGGAAAAGAAAGAAAAAUUGCGCGAUUUCGAGCAGCAGCUCAGUGCUGUAUCUCAGCAGGCUGAAUCGUUGGUCAAAACUCAGCAAGAUAUGGCAGAAACAUUUGGAGAGUUAGGUUUGACAUUGAUUAAGUUGACAAAAUUUGAAAAUGAGGAAGCUGUAUUCAACUGUCAAAGAGUUCGUGCUGCUGACACAAAAAAUGUAGCUACUGCUGCUGUUAAAGCAAGCCGAUUAUAUCGAGAACUCAAUUCUCAAACUUUGAAACAUUUGGACGUACUUCACGACUAUCUGGGAUUAAUACUAGCAGUUCAUGGUGCAUUCUCAGAACGCUCGAGUGCUUUACUGACUGAGCAAACUCUAUUGUCUGACUUGUCCUCAUUGCGUUCAAGGGCUGAAAAGCUUGAAGCCGCAUCAUCUAAAGUAUUUGGUGGUGACAAAUCAAGGAUUCAGAAGUUAGAGCAGUUAAAAGAAAGCAUAAGAACUACAGAGGAUGCUAAAAAUGUCGCAAUGCGAGAAUACAAACGCAUAAAGGAAAACAAUAGAAGUGAACUGGAAAGAUUUGACAGAGAACGACAAGCCGACUUCUUGAGUAUGCUCAAAGGAUUUGUAACAAAUCAGGUCCGAUAUGCAGAGAAGAUGUCUGUAGUAUGGGGGAAGGUAGCAGAGGAGACAAGCAGCUACUCGAAGGAGAGCAGCUGAGGUUGGUUGUGUGGAAUCAAUUCAAAUCCUGAAGAACACAUUCUUUUUCCUCGUCUUUUGCUUUCAUUUCACUUCCUCUUUGUUCAUAUAAUUUACCAUUUUUAAGGUAAUAAAAAUAUGAAAAGGAACACACUUGGGGAAGGUUUUUUUCAA